AAAUUAUAACCUACCCAUUCUCUCAACCCUCUCUCUAACCCAGCUGCCACUCUCUUUCUCUAACGGCGGCAUAGGGCGGCGUUGGACUGGCGGCACAGUGGCGGCGUUGGGCUCGGCAGCGCUGACGGCGACAGCACACGGCGGCGACGGGAUCUUUUGAAUUAUUUCCCUCCCGGCGGAGGCAGCACAAGGCAUAGUGUCAAGACUCAAGAGGGUUUCUUACCCCAAGUCUCCAGAAAUCCUAAUUCAAAGAUUUAUAAAAAGUUUUUUUGGAGCUGUGGAAGAUGUACGGUUCCAACCCUAGCACCGACGAUGAAGAGCGAACCGCUUUUAGAAAGGCUGAAAAGAAUUACAAGCUGUAUUACGACAAUACCCGAAAGAAAAAGCAACCACGACCAGUGGAUUUGUCGGAGGUAAUUGAUUUUAAGUCAAUUUCAGAGUCUUACCGACAAAAUGGUGAACUUCCUUCAGGCAUUUUCGCAAUUCAAUGCGAUUUUGAUAGUGUUGUCUUCUGCUUGGAGAGUCAUCCAGGGUUUUAUUUCAUUCCUGGAGCAUUAACUGUUGAGGAGCAGUGCCGAUGGAUAAAGGAGAGUUUAACAAGUUUUCCUCAACCUCCAAACAGGACCAACCAUAAUGCAAUUUAUGGUCCUCUACAGGACUUAUUUGCUGCUGCCAAGGAUAAUAAAGCUUUGAUUCAAGAAGAUAAGUACCGUGGGACCAAUAUUUCUGAGGUGGAAAUCAUCCAGAACGACAUAAACAUUCCCAAGUGGAAUUUUCUUGAUCAAUCAGGUGCAUUAUCCAGAGGAGCUACAAGCAAAUUAGUGCCAGCCUCCGUUUUGCUUCGUAAGUUACGGUGGAGCACUCUUGGCUUGCAGUUUGUCUGGUCGAAGAGGAACUAUAAUAUUUCUCUGCCUCACAACAAGAUACCUGAUGCACUUUGCCUGCUGGCUGAAAGAAUGGCAGCAGCUGCCCUGCCAUCGGGUGAAGUGUUUCAGGCAGAAGCAGCAAUUGUUAAUUACUUUGGGCUAGGCGACACGCUUGGUGGCCACGUUGAUGACAUGGAGAAGGAUUGGAGUAAACCUAUUGUUAGCAUGAGUUUGUGCUGUAAAGGUAUUUUCCUUAUCGGGGGAAAGUCUAGGGACGUUCCGCCAGUUGCAAUGUUUGUUCGAAGUGGUGAUGUUAUUCUUAUGGCAGGUCAAGCAAGGGAAUGCUUCCAUGGUGUCCCUAGGAUCUUCACUGAUAAAGAACACGCCGAUAUAUCCUCCCUUGAAUUGCAGUUUUCUGAUGAAGAUGACUCUGCUUUCUUGGAGUACAUUAGGACUUCUAGAAUCAAUAUCAACAUUAGACAAGUAUUCUAGACUUAUUUUUCUCUUGAAAGUUCUGUAGAGAUGUGAUACUACAACAACAACAUACCCAGUGGAAUUCGGAAUUACACAAGUGGGGGGUCUGGGCAAGGUAGUGUGUAUGCAGAUUGUACCUCUACCUUGAUAAGGUAGAGAGGCUAUUUCCGGUAUACCCUCGACUCAAAGAAAGAUGAUGUUCUUGACAAUUUUGAAAAUACCCAUAUGGUAGGUAUGGAAAAGAUUGGAGAGUACAGAACCAAUUAAAUGAUUGCUUCUGUAGAGAUGUAAUACGAAGUUAGAUUAUUUUCACAGAAUAAGUAACAUUAUUUUUGCUUAAAUUCUCACAUAAUUUUGGUAUUAUACGAGAUGCUCCACAUGGAUUGUCUUGGAGCAUGUGUGAGUGGACAACUUGGAAUCAAUCAUUGAAAUUGUUUGGUGA